GCCGUACUCGAGUUCUCGUUUCUAACUUUGAAGUUGAAGCAUGGUGCAUAUGCAGUCAAAACUUCGUGUUUCAUUUCAAUAACAUCGAUCGGCAGUCAUUGGUGACACUGAUGAUUUCUGUCGUGGAUGUCUGCACGGGUUCUAAGCAGGCGUUUGGCUCGCCUCUACCUUCAUGCCACCCCCAGGCAAGCGGUUGCCUUUGUCAGGGGCCGCAGCUUUGACUCUGACAAUGCAGAGAAGGCACAGCAGCAGCGGGAAGAGGAGGAUGAAGAGAAGGAUGCGCCGUCUUUGCUUCUGGCGGGGCAGUACACGCUGCAGUAUAAUCCCUCGGCCUACUAUCGGCCUGUGGUAAGGAUAGGGAAGUCCGUCCCCCAGGGCCAGUCAAAGACUCUGGAUGAGUCGCCCCAGCUUGGCCUUGCUCCCGCUCUCCGACAGCAGAGCAACAUCUACAGCAUCAGCUCAUCCCGCCACCUCUCCAUCACCAAGAACACACUACUGGAUCUUGCAUUCAGCAGAGACAACGGCGCUAAGGACAAGGCUGCCACCCCUCUGCCCUCCCAAGAUGUUCCUCCGGACGUCCAGGUGGAUCCCCGUGCCUUCCAGCUGUGCCGACCGGAGUACCGCAGCUUCACCCACGACCUCUCCUCAAGGCCCCCCACUCUUCCAUCGAAACAGACCUCCCUGAUCCUGCACAAGGUGACUGUGCUCAAGGGCAGCAUGAUGCCGGCGGACAUUGCUCGCUUCCUGUGCGACCUGGGCGCACUGCCCGCGCAGCAGACGCCACUCGUCCGCGGCGAUUCGCGUUUCUAUAUGCUGCUGCGCUACAGCGUGGAGUCCCUGCAGGGCUUCACCAACGUCCAGCUCCUGGACGUGCUGCGAGCGCUGGUGCUGCUGGGCCUGCCGCCGACCCACAGCAUGCUGGAGCUCUACGAGGCCGAGUUUGUGCGCCGGGCGGCUGGCUUGGAGCUCCAUCAGCUGCUGCUGGCCGCUGACCUCUGGCGCUGCCUGGGCCGCACGGUCACCCGCUACCUGGAGCGCCUCGGGGACUGCAUCAGCGUCCACUUCUGCCAGGUGGGCGCGCCGGAGCUCGUGGAGCUGGUGUACCUGCUCGGCGAGGGCCGCAGGUGCUCGUCGUCCCUGCUCCAGCCCUUGGAGUACAUGCUGGUCAAGCACCUGGACAAGCUCCACCCGGAGGAAGUGGGCGCGUUGUGCCUGGGCCUAUUCAAGGCGCAGUGCGGGCUGAGUGGUGGGGCGGUGCGGAGGCUGGUGGACCGGGCGCUCGGCGUGGUCGGGGAGAUGAGCGACUUUGCGCUGGUGAACGUCAUGAAGCUGCUGCGUUUCAGCCACCUGGACCAUGUGGCAUGGCUGGAGGCCAUGGGCACCGAGAUCCCCCGCCGCGCCCCGAGGAUGGGCGUCCAGGGCCUGAUGCACGUGGUGCUCGCCUGCUCGGCACUGCACUACCGCGACAGCCGCAUCCUCCUGCCCGUUGCCAAGCGCGUGCCGGACAUCGCGCCCCACUGCCGCAGCAAGGACGCCUGUAAGAUGCUGUGGGCGUUCGGCACACUGGGCCUCCACCCGAGACAAUGCCCUGGACUCUACGCAACUCUCACCGAGGUGCUGCGCCAACGCGAGGCCGAUUUCCAGCGCUACCCCGAGCACCUGCUGACCGCCCUGCUGGGCCUGGCUUUCGCCGGACAGUUCCCACACGACCUGCUCGCACUGGCCCUGAGCCCCGAGUUUGUGAGCCGGGCAUCGGCGUCGCAGCGGAUGGAGCUGCGGAUGGACCUGUUCACAUUGGACGGCACCGUGGGCCUGGAGCUGCCCCAGUGGACGGGCCCGCGUCUGGGCGGUUCCGUGCGGGACGAGGUGACCCGGCUGCUGUGGGACUUCGCCCGUGAGGACGUGUGCCGCAAGCCCGAGGUGUUGGAGGCGGAGGCCGCGCUGCAGGAGCUGCUCGGGGGAGAGCGUUUCAUCCGCAAGCACAUGAUCCUCCCGCACACGCGCUCCAUCGACCUCGAGGUGCGUCUGGACCCGCAGGGCCAGCCGCUGCCGGUCGUCUCGGAGGAGGAGGAGGAGAGCCGAGGCGACGCUGAUCUUCCUCACUCCUCUGUCGAUAGGUACUUGGAUCAGGGCCACAGUGGGGUGACGCUGACUGACGACCUGCUGGCCCAGCUGACCAACAGGCGCAAACCUACGACACAAGCGCCCCCGCCGUCGCCGCCUCCGCUACUGCGCAACGUGGAGCCGGAAGGCGAGCACGAAGGAGUGUUCAGCGUCGGGGUGGACCUGACGGACGGCCUCCUGGGCUCUCUGACCAAACCCCGCCCCCAGACGCGGCAGAGAUUAGAGCGGACGAUCUUGCAGAUCGCCGUACAGGUGUCCAACAGGAACCACUACGGCUACCGGUCACAGCAACUCCUAGGCCUCCAUGCCCUGAAGCGCAGACAGUUGGCUCUUGCAGGGUACCAUGUUGUGGAACUUCCUUACUGGGAGUGGUUUCCACUACUGCGUCGCUCACGCACAGAGAAACUGGCCUAUCUGCACUGCAAAAUAUUUGGGAGUCUGAAAGAAUAACCGUCAGUUUUUUUUCUUUUUCUGUUACAUUUUUGGUGUUUUGUAAUGAAAUAAAAUAAAUGUUGCCUUAUGGACAAUCAACAAUCCUGAUAGUCUAGUCUUAUAUUAUGAAAUAUUUAAUGUAAUUCACAUUCACAGUGUCACUGCAAGUCAUUGUUGUCAACCUUUGUCAAGAAACCAGUGUGUAAUGUGACCGUAAUGUGCAACAGAGAGCCAAAACCUUCCUUCUGUCCCUGUCAGCUUAUUGAGUUUGUGUGCGUGGCGUCUUGAUUCCUUUUACAUCAUUCAUAUCAAGUCAUGUUUUCUGUAUUGUACUGUAUUCUGAACAGCAAUCUCUCAUUAGUCCUGGCCUUUUGUUUAUGUGCAUAUAUGCAGAAUAUUCAUGAGGUGUCCUCUGUCUUCCUUUUACAGUGAGGUCUUGACACAUAGUUGAACUUGCUGACCAUAAACUGGACCAUUUUUGAAAUUAAGACAAUUACUGUUUUCACAUUGAAGCAUUGAAAUGCUGCAAUAAACACUAAGGAAAAUAAUUAGCUGAUUGUAUACCUUCAUGACUGGACUAAAUAGUAUUUCAUCAGCUCAUAAACUCGUGUUCCCUGUGCUGGUGCUGGUGCCACAUCA